AUGUCUGGCAACGGCACUCCAGUCGGACCCCGCAGUCCGCGACUUGAACCGCUGGCCGAGUCUCAGUCACAGCAGUCGCAGACAACACGCAGUCAGCAGCAGUCUGGACCAAGUUCAAUCGGGGACGAUGAGGAGCGCAGACGUUUCAGUCGCUUGGGUACGCCACGUGAAUAUGGAAGCAUAUCCAUCUCCCGUCCUCGCGGAGCCACCAGACAGGCGACAGGACUCCAGCCGCAGUCCCCAACCGAGGCCAGGCAUCCAGACAGUGGUGGCUAUUUCCCGUUACUGUCUCCGCAGCCAGGUCGCAUGAAGAGGCCGCCAGCAGCACGCCGAGCAUCGACAAACAAGCCCCAUCGCGGAGAAUCUUUCUCCGUGGAUGACGACCCCAGCGAGGUAGAAGAAGACCGAGACAUAAGGACCCUUCGACCAGGUUCAAGAUCGCAGUCAACACGCCGGAGACGGACCACCUAUGCCCCACCCCAGCUUCCGCGUGUAGACUCGAGCAGGGAGGAGGAAGAAGCGAUCGAAGAGCAACCACCCGCAGCUGAGCCACAAACCCCAAAGCGUCCCGAUAUUCCUGUAGAGGUCGAAGAGGCUGAGGAAGCGGAAGAGGAGAUGGCAGCCGAAGCAGAAGAAGAAGAGCAGGAAGAUGACGUCGAUCUCAGCGAUGCAGAAAGCUUCACUCUCAAGGACCGUCAGCUGGCCAUCAACGAGACCCAUCCGUUCGGCAUCAGGAUCUGGAAGCCUGCAUUGUACAAGAAGAACAGAUCAGUGGAGAAGAAUGCCGAGGACGACAUUCAUUCCUCGCCAAGCCAAAUAGUCAGUCCGUGGCUCUGGUCUUUCAAUGUCCUAUGGACUGUCCUUUUCGGCUGGUGGCUGGCCAUAGCUGCUGUCAUUGGAGCACUUGUCUGCUUUCUCUUUGCCUUCGAACCGUCUGCUAAAGCGUAUGGCCGGAUAUUCUGGGGCGUGUCAAAGUAUCUAUUCUGGCCAUUCGGGAAGUUUGUCCGUCUCGAACAGGAUGAAAACUACGCAGACGAAGACGAAGGAGAGGGCAGGAGCAUCGGCGAAUAUGAACGAUGGCAGGCUGGUGAUCUCGAAUACGGCCGACUCAUGUUUGGCCCUACGUUGACACACACUGGUUCCAUUGUUGGUAGACGACGCAACAGCAUCGACACUGCUAGCGAGCACGACAGCCUACUUGAGCGAUCCGGCAGAGGCGAGCGGCAUGACACCGAGGCCAGUACGUCUAACAAGCGACGGCUAUUCGGUCGUGGGAGGUGGACGCUGGGACGUGUGAUCUUUUUCGUCUUCUUCUACUUUAACUUGGCGCCUCUCAUGGUGCUGGUCUCCUUGAUGUGUUGGUUCUUAGUCUUCUGGAUUCCCAUGGGCCGUGUCCUGCAGAUCCUCCUCAUUCAGCUCCGAAAAAGGCCGUUGGCGCUCAGCUUCCACGAUGAUCAAUCACAGGCUAGGGACUCGAGGUCAUCUUCGAUCUUGCUCUGCACAUAUCGAGCUGUCGGUAUCAAGUACUGGAAGUACACCCUGGAUGGCACAAACAUUUUCCUGAUCAAUCUCCUGGGCUUAGUGGCGUUCGUGAUAUUCGACAACUUCAUCCUCAGGGAGACCUUGCACAUCGACACCUGGUGCACGGGACCUGGACUGCUGUUCACAUUGGGGCUAGUGUCAAUCAUCCCUCUUGCCUAUUUCAUAGGACAAGCGGUCGCUUCGAUCUCAGCACAAUCAACCAUGGGCAUGGGUGCCGCCGUUAACGCAUUCUUCUCGACCGUGGUUGAGGUCUACCUCUACUGCAUUGCUCUGAAUGAGGGCAAGGGUCAAUUAGUCGAAGGAAGUAUCGUUGGCAGCAUUUUCGCCGGUAUCCUCUUCCUGCCUGGACUCUCAAUGAUCUUCGGCGCCAUUAAAAGGAAAACACAACGCUUCAAUGUGCAGUCUGCUUCCGCCAGCUCGACGAUGCUGUUGUUUGCGAUGAUUGCAGCUUUCGCACCUACGCUGUUUUACAAGAUCUACGGUAGUCACGAAUUGAUCUGCAAGCAAUGUAGCACGAACAGCGAUGAGGAUCGAGACUGCCGUCGAUGCUACUUCCGUCAAGUCCCUGCGAUCAACGAUCAAUUCUACGAAAGUGCCGUCCGACCUUUUGCAUGGGCUGCGGCCAUCCUACUCUUUUCGUCAUACAUCAUUGGCUGCUUCUUCACUUUGCGCACACAUGCCGCCAUCAUCUGGAGCAGCGAAGUUGACGAAAAGAAGCCAGUCAGUGCAUCUCAGACCCUGGAUGUCAGUCCCACCGACACGAGACGACAGAGCAUUCACCCUCCGACUGGGUCCCAUGUCGCUCAUGGUACGUAUGUAUCGCGCGCGAACAUUCGAGACUCGCAACUGUACAAGAAGAUUCUUGGACAAUCCCUUCGGCAAGCUGGCCUUCCUCAAGAUGGAGAAGUCGCUGAGCAGUCGAAGCGGGAUGCCAAGCUUGACGGUAUCGAUCAGCAGCUGCAGAAUGACUUGCCUCAUAAACCACCACCGAAGAUCGUUCGCAGUGGGGCUUCAACGCCUGGACAUCAGCCCGAAAUGUUGCCUGGUCUGUCUGCCGAAGAGAAUAGUAAUCUCGUUCGUCAAGUGGCAGAACUUGCAGCCACGGCUGCUACUGUAGCUGCUCGUGAUGCCGUCUCGAAUCCACGACAAGCAUCAUACCAAGCAACCCAUCAACGACACGAUAAGACUCCUAAGCCUCCCAUGCCACAACGAUUGGACACCAUAGGUGCUCCUGUGCAUGUGCCUGCAGCUCCACCAGGUCCACCAGGUGUGGCCGAUCAUCCUACAGGCGGACACGAUGCUCCCAACUGGUCGCGACAGAAGUCACUGGUCAUCCUUCUGACCGCCACCGUGGCGUACGCUCUCAUCGCUGAGGUCCUUGUCGACACUGUUGAUGUGGUGCUCGAGUCCUCCGACAUCAACGAAAAGUUCUUAGGCAUCACCCUGUUUGCCCUUGUGCCCAACACCACUGAGUUUCUCAACGCCAUAUCAUUCGCAAUGAACGGCAACAUCGCCCUGAGUAUGGAAAUUGGAUCGGCCUAUGCACUACAAGUCUGCCUGCUGCAGAUCCCAGCUCUUGUGCUAUACUCCGCAUUAUACGGUAGAUUCAUCGAUCCGACCAACCUCCUGGAGCAUACGUUCCAACUCAUUUUUCCACAAUGGGACAUGGUUACGACCAUUCUUUGUGUCUUCCUGCUCAGCUACAUCUGUACGGAAGGGAAGAGCAAUUAUUUCAAGGGCAGUAUUCUUGUACUCACGUACGCAGUCGUGCUAUUGGGCUUCUACCUGAGUGGCUACGUUACCGACACUGAUACCCUGGGUAUCAACCCUUACGACACUCUGGCACUUAAUCCGGGCAUGCUCAUGCAGCAGGCGGCGCCUUCAGUGUCUCCGAAGCCGAAGUUUUAUGCAGGGCACGAGUUAUAA